GAGUGGGAGGGAGGAGAAAGAAGGAGGAGAGACUGGGAAUGAGUUGGAGGCAGACACAGCCUCGGCGCGCAGAUCUACCCUGCCGGGGACGGACAGAAGGGGGGAGGAGGAGGAGGAAAGAGACUUCAUCUGCUCAGCAUAAGGCAAGCCCACCUCCUGGCGCUUCAGGGGCGAGAUGUAGGGCACGGAGGAAAGUUUGCCUGACAGCUCAAAGAACACAGAACACAAGGGAAGACCACCACUGGCUGAAUUUGAAACGAAGGACCAUGCAAAAGCCAAUGAUGCUGUCUGAACACAGGAUUAGAACUAGAUUUUGAAGGGAAAAAUAACAUCUGUAUGGAAUGACUGCUUUCCUUUAAAUGGACACCAUGGCAAUAGUUCUCUGGCAGGACGGCUGAGGCACCAGAUCUGCAUUUACCAUUCAAGCUCAACAUAUCCCUUUUACCUGGGACUCAGAGAACCUGGUAACAAGUGGGAGUAGGUACAUGCCAAAUGCAGGAUUGUGGGGAAGAAAUUGACAUUGACAAGCUAAGAUGGAAGUAACUUGACAGCUUCAAACCUAGAAGUUUCAUCUGGAAAGGACAGCUUAAGACUGGAUCACAAGCUUUACUGGGAGAGCAGUAUGCAGGAAGCUGGCUUUCAGGCCACAAAUGCUUUCACAGAGUGCAAAUUCACCUGCACCAGUGGCAAAUGCUUGUAUCUUGGCUCACUGGUCUGUAACCAACAAAAUGAUUGUGGGGACAAUAGUGAUGAAGAGAACUGCCUACUUGUAACAGAGCAUCCGCCUCCAAGCAUCUUCAGCUCGGAACUAGAGUUCAUUCAGAUCAUCAUCAUCAUCGUGGUGAUAACUGUUAUGGUAGUAGUGAUAAUCUGCUUGUUGAACCAUUACAAAGUAUCAACACGGUCCUUCAUCAGUCGGCAGAGCCAAAGUAGGAGGCAAGAAGAAUCAUUACAACCAGAAGGGUGUUUGUGGCCUUCAGACAACUCUUCUGCACGUCAGGGAGCUUCAGAGAUCAUGUAUGCCCCACGGUCCAGAGACAGGUUUACUGCCCCAUCCUUUAUGCAGAGGGAACAUUUCAGUCGCUUCCAGCCAACUUAUCCAUACAUGCAGCAUGAGAUUGAUCUGCCUCCUACCAUCUCUCUUUCCGAUGGUGAAGAGCCACCACCAUACCAAGGGCCAUGCACUCUGCAGCUUCGGGACCCAGAACAACAGAUGGAACUCAACCGAGAAUCUGUUAGGGCACCACCCAAUAGGACUAUAUUUGACAGCGACUUGAUAGACAUUUCAAUGUACAAUGCGGGCCCUUGCCCACCAAGCAGCAAUUCGGGCAUAAGUGCAACCAAUUAUAGCAGUAAUGGAAGGAUGGAAGGACCACCCCCGACUUACAGUGAGGUCAUGGGGCAUUAUCCCGGUUCCUCUUUUUUCCAUCACCAGCAGAGCAAUGCACCUCCUUCAUCACAGAGGGGAAGCAGACUUCAGUCUCAACAGAACAAUUCAGAGAGCACAAUUGUCCCUGUUAAAGGCAAAGACAGGAAACCGGGUAACCUUGUCUAGGUUUCUUUUCCAUGAGCACUUGAAGAGAGACAGGAGAAUCAAAUGGGAGCAUGAUGGAAGGUUCAGUGCUCCUAUGCACAAUAUUAUUAAGUUUCAUGUGAUACAGUUUAGUAAAACCAAACACGUAAAACUGUUUUUAGUUUCUGAUUCCUGUUGGGGGAAUUGCAUGAAAAGUGGUUUGAAAUAAUUACAACCUUCCAUUCAGUUUGGCCACGAACAGUGUUUUUGGGAAAAAUAUAUUUUUUUUAAUAAACUAUUUGAAUUAUUUAAUUCUAAGAGAUAACUUAGCACAGAAAUAUGGCGUGUACAGCCUGUUUUAUAUUAAGCAAAUGGCUAAAAGAAGAGAAAGAUUUACUAGGUUAAUGGGGGCAAAAUUGGCCAGUUUGCUUUUCCCUCCCCAGCCCUGAAUGUGGAAUUUUUUAUAUGACUCAGCAUUUCUGUUUUGUGUGCCAAGGUAUAAAGUUUAAAAACCCACAAAAACUAGAUGAAUUCAAGAGGUUAAUUUGUGUUGUGAUACAAGUGUGUUAAAUUUGCACUAUCUUUUAAUGUUUUUAAAGUAUAUAUAUAUGAGGGAACUGUUUAACAUGAAGUUCUUCUGUAUGUUGUCUUUUCACCUGUGGAAUGACGAUUCCAGAGCAACCUUCUUCAGGACUUUGCCCAGCCCUCUAUUAAUCAUCAUUGGUAUGAGACUAUUGAAUUUAAUCUAAUAUUUACUAUUUUACAUACAAUUAAGUAAAUGACAGAGGACUUUAACAUGUUACCUUUGCAAUAAUUUGCAUUCAAGUAGCAGUGCAUCAGCAAGAUGUAUUGCAGAGUUAUGGCUGGUAGAAAGGAACUGUGAAAUUAUGGAAGUCACCUUCCAGAGAUGGUUUUAGCUAUAAGCCAUUUGUUUAAGUAGAAGCAGAUGGAAAUGGCAGAUACAUUACUUUUUGUACUUAUAACAAACUCUUACUGCUUGUUUCCUUUCUCUCUUUUUUAACAAUGCUGUGUCAGCAGAUUUUUAUCUCCACUGUAGCCCAUUAAAAAUUCGGUCAUAUAACAUGACAUUCUACAAUAAAUGGUAUUAAAAUGCAA